GUAUAGAGGCUACUUUUCGCUCACCGAGGAGUUUACACUUGCACCGACCGCGCCAGCAGCCAGAUCGUCGUCGGUCGCGAAGGAUCGAUCCUCGGGUGUUCUCCUACAGACCCGAGAGAGGCGCGCGAACGUUGAUAUUACGAUUAAAUAAAUAAAGAUAAUCGCCGUUGCCACUGUUAUUGUUAUUUGUUGUUGACCGUUAUUGUUAUCGCUGUUGUUGUUGUACAACGACUGCUGUUCGCCACCGGCGACUGUCUUUCGUUGAAAUCGGCGAGGCGUCGCGGCGUUGGUAAGUGGUAGUAGUAGUGGUGGUGGUUCAGGUGAUUCGAUAGUGGUGGUGGUGGUGAUAAUACCCAGUGAAGAGACCUCGUGAAGAUACAUCAUACGAUACACGUGUUUCCGUCGGAUCGUAUGGAAUAAUUCAGAAGGAUUGACGGAAGAGAGGUGAGAGGAACGUGUCAGCAGGAGCGUGUGGACACCGGAGGGAAAAUCAUCGAAAGGUGAAGGAUAAACGGCACGUGAGGUCGUCACGCGUACACCCUCCACGAACGGGGCCGAAGGGCGCAGUGGGGAUCUCUCGAUUACGUUACACCAGCCACCGGUCAUCAGGGUGAUCGAUUCCACGUGUAUCAAUCGAGACCCCCGAGAGGAUGGUAGUCAGGUCUGAGACCGCGAGAAACGGGCACGAGUUGGCUCCCUUGAACGACGACCGCCAAACCGGGCAGAGCGUAACGAUCGUGACAGGAAAUCAGAAUGUCGUUAACACCCAGCAGGAGGCGAAGGAGGAGAACAGAGCGGCGUGGAGCGGCAAAAUGCAAUUCUUUCUCAGUAUUAUCGGAUACAGCGUGGGUCUGGGAAAUAUCUGGAGGUUUCCUUACCUGUGCCAACAGAACGGAGGUGGUGCCUUCCUCAUCCCUUUCUUCGUGAUGCUCAUUCUGGAGGGUGUGCCCCUCUUUCUGAUCGAGCUGGGCCUCGGGCAACGUAUGCGACAGGGCGCCCUGGGCGUUUGGAACACUAUACACCCUUGGUUGGGCGGCAUAGGAAUUGCGUCGUGUAUAGUCACUUUUUUCGUUGCGCUUUACUACAACGUCAUUAUUACCUGGUGCUUCUACUACCUCUUCAACUCGUUAAGGGCUGUUACCAUCAAUUUCGGUCAAUCACUGCCGUGGGCAAAGUGCCCGGAAGCGAACGGGAAACCGAUCGAGGAAUGCGUCAAAAGUUCGGAGACCGCGUAUUUUUGGUACAGGACGACCUUGGACGCCGCUCCGUCGAUCGAUGACGGCCAGGGUCUCAAAUGGUGGAUAGUACUUUGCCUCUUGCUCAGCUGGGUCGUCGUAUUCUUCAUCGUCAUGAAGGGGAUACAGUCGUCCGGCAAGGUGGUAUACUUUACGUCCAUGUUCCCGUAUGUCGUGCUGACCAUCUUCUUCGUUCGCGGGAUAACGUUGAGGGGUGCGAGCGCAGGACUGGCACACAUGUACACACCAAAGGUCGAGAAACUGUUGGAGCCUAUGGUCUGGCUUGACGCGGCGACGCAGGUCUUCUAUAGUUUCGGGCUGGCGUUCGGUUCCUUGAUCGCGUUCGGCAGCUACAACACACCCGACAACAACUGCGUGAGGGACGUGAUCCUGGUGAGCGUGUGCAACGCGUUUACUGCCAUUUACGCGAGCGUUGUCAUUUUCGCCAUUUUGGGGUUCAAGGCAAUGUCAAACGUGGACAAGUGCGUCGUCAGCGCGAGGGAUAUCCUGAUGGAUAAGGGAUACUUGCCCCCUAACUUGACCUCGUUCAACCUCGAGGACUACGAAAGCUUUAUGUCCAACUCUUCGGUGAAUGUCACGAAGCCGUGCAGUCUCAGCGAGGAGUUGGACAACGCCGCCGAAGGUACCGGGUUGGCUUUCAUCGUGUUUACUCAGGCCAUCGUUGAGCUGCCGGGCGCGCCGUUUUGGUCCUGCAUUUUUUUCUUAAUGCUCCUCGCUCUUGGCCUGGGCUCUCAAAUCGGAAUACUCGAAGGCAUGCUGUGCGUGAUCUUCGACAUCGAUCUCUUCAAGAGAAUAAAGAAACAGUACAUGACAGGAGUUGUCUGUACGGUAUGUUUCUUCGUGGGACUCAUUUUCUGUACCGGUGCGGGCGAAUACUGGCUGAAAAUGUUCGAUAGUUUCGCCGGUACCAUCGGUCUUGUCAUGGUAGCCCUCAUGGAAAUGAUCUCUGUAAUUUUCGUAUACGGCCACGAAAAAUUCACGAAAGAUAUCGAAGAGAUGACUGGACAUAGACCAGGAGCUUACUGGCAAUUCACGUGGCGAUUUCUCGCUCCUAUUAUAAUGGUGUGCAUCCUCGUGUCUAGUGUCGCUUCUAUGUUCAUCAAGAAACCGACUUAUUCGGCAUGGAACGCGUCAUUGGGUGUGGCAGUACCGACGAGUUAUCCCGGCUGGGUAUUGGGUAUUGCCGCUAUCAUCAUAUUCGCGGGAAUCGCACCGAUCCCGAUAGUUUUCCUCCUGCGACGCUUCCAAUGUGUGAAACUCGACGUUGACAUCCAUCAAGGCAGUAUUCGACGUAUCGAUACCACUGUGUCCACCAAGGAGAUGAUGGGUGACGUCGACCUUGAUGAAUAUCAUGACCGACUCGAGGAUUUUCCGGAGGAGGAUGAGGACGUCAACAGCGACGACGAUAACAAUGCCGCACCGCCUAUGGGUAGAAUCGCCAACAAGGAAAUGCAGGGUAAAGCCUUUAAGAUGGAAGUGAUGAGUUUUUAAAGAGCGCAUAUAAAUGCCAUGACUUCUUCCGUUCGUUUGCCAGUUGUACUAUAACGAGUGUACGGAGCUGGAUAUCGACAGUGAUUAUACAUAUAUAAGGGCCGAACAAGUGUAUUGAAAUUUGUCAAUAUUGUUGAGUGCUAAACUUGUACCUUUCUACUAUAUCAAGAAGCACGUAGCAACUACAACGGUCGGUUGUUAAUUUACGAAAAUUUACGGGAAAUUAUAUUUUAAUAAGAGAUCUACGACAUUCAUCCCCGAGAAAAAAUGAUUUUGUAUACAUACAUAUACAUAUGUAUAUAUAUACACAUAUAUAUGUAUUAUUAUUAUAUAAUCAUAUAUAAUUAUAUGACCCACAUAUGUAUGGGUUUUGCCUCUUUAUGAAAGAGAUAUUGUCAGAUGAAAGAAAAAAAUAGUUUUAUUCAAUUGAACGUCAAUAUCACGCGGGCUUCCACAAACGUAAGCCUUUACUUCGAUUGUGUUUGUGCAACAAUAUUUUUCGGAUGUGGACAUAUAUAAUGACGUAUGAUUAUACAUGACCAUAAAGAGACAAAAUUCAUAUAUAAUCAUUUUUUCCCCGGGUUAUAAAUACUUAUGAUAAUUACAAGUUAUAUUAAGAAUAUUUGUAACACAUUGGAGACCUUACGUGUUGCCAGCAAUUUGUCCGACGCCUUUAAUUUCGAUCAAAAGAAUCAUUUACCACGCGAAGAACCUGCUCAGGUAGACUUCCGACAAAAAGUUCACUCAAGGUUUGGUCUUUAUAUGUCUACAGUCAUUGGUGUAUCGGGGCCGUGCGUCCUCACCACAAACGUCGAAAUAUAGAAUAUAUCGACCGUACACGGGUUAUUUCAGGAUUAUAAGUAGAGAAUCAACUAAAUGUAGCUAAUAUAGAACUCGCGAAAUCGACAAAACAGUCUUAAUAUGUUAUGUCUUUCGAAGAACUCGCGAAGAACGGUUUAGCCGCGAAUGAGAGGAUGCUCGUCAUGUGGGGAGAUCCUCAAUUUAUCGCGAAAUUUGGCUGCAAUUAUCCUCAUAAUUAUCCUCGUAAUUUCCCGUAAAUUGGUGAUAAAAGAACAGCACGAAGCGCCCGAGAUUGCACGUCGAGAAAAUUGCUUGUUAAUUCGCGUUUUCACGCCGAUUCGCUCGCGAGUUUGGUCUUUCAAAACAUCGACGCGCUUAGUACUUGCGAACGCUGACGCUAGCUGGCACUAGUUGAGUCAAUGCUUGCAUUCAGCAGAAAAAGCAGCUUAAUAAGCGCUUUGUGAUUGUUACUUCUGAUUGGUGCAUUCUUCUAAACCUACAGAAGAUCUAAAAGAAUUCCAAUUAUAGGCUAUGAACGCAAAGCUCUUAGUAAGCUGCUUUUUCUGCUGAACGCAGACAAUGAAUAGCAUCAACGACCAUGUGGACACUCGACCACGUGGUCGAUGGUCAGUUAACGGCGCGCGUUGGUGGGGGCAAGGUCACGUUCCAGUCGUGUUUCAUUCGCGCGUGGUGGGAUUUAGUACGUGCUAAUAAGACAUGAGCUUUGAUAGCGCCGAGUAGAGCCGAAGUGGCACCGAGAUGUGAUCUAAAGCACAUCUUAAUACGAUUGCCGAUAUCUUCAUUUGUAGGACACGUAGCUACUUGAGAUAAAGACCAUUGUAAAAUCGAGAUUUUCGCAUUUCUGGGAAUGAAUAGAAUGCCUUGUUUAAAUAGAAUAUCUGUGUCAGAGCCUUGGAGUUCUCCAGUUACAAAGUUAUCAGUGCUUCAAACUUUUUGAAACGUCGGUCACUUUACGAUACAUGUAAUGUCGCGAAACACUUAAAUUUAUCGUUGGACAUAUCGAGAAUGUUUAGUUUACGGACUUAUUGAAAACGCAUUCAUCAAAACUGUUUCGUCCGGAUUCUAUAAGCCGACACAGCGUUUACUUGUAAUCCUGAAAUAACCUGUGUACGCGAAUCUUCACGUUAUAGAUGUAGGAUAAACCGUGAAUUCGUUAAAAAUCGAGCUCAAUCCGUCAGAUCGAUGCGCGCUACUCUGAAAGCAAUAUAUAAUACGGAGUUUUAAAGACGUAGCGCGAAUGCGACCAGUCGUAUCGAGCGACGGCUCGUUAUUCGUACUUGAUCGUCGAACGUCGCGCUUCCGGGUAGAAUCGCGAAUCACCAGGUGGAUUAUGAUAUAGAUACAUAUAGCGGAGAAAAAAAAAUAAGAGGGAAAAACUUAGCCAAGAGAAUAGGACGUUCUGGCUUUUUAGUAUCGCGUGAUGCAAUACACGAUCGGACGUGCGAGCGUUGAUUUCGUCCGAGUCAAUUAGAUUUUCGUUGAGCGUCGUGAUUUUUACUUUCGGAUCGAUAGUAUUUUUAAGAGACGUUGAAGAGACUAGACAAUAAAAUCGAACGUAGUCGAGUUAGUUAGCCAUACGCGUAGCUGAUUUGUUUACCGUACUUUCAACACGGCCCCGAUCAGAAGUAAGGGAGACCGGGACGAGAUGUUAAAUUUUUUCAGAGUUUCGAUGUCAGGACUCUUCGGACAACUCAUCGUUGUGAUUGGAACACGAAUAUGUUGCAACGUGGUCAGAUAUAUGUUCUGGUACCAGGGCAAGUUGCAUAUUAUCGCAGAAAAAUAGCAUUAACACAAAAUUUCGAGACUCGGAAAUUUACUCGAACACGUAUAAAUCAGACUUUCCCCUUUCUUAAUUGCAAUAUUUUUCUCGAUUUUAACAAAACUCAGGGGAAAGCAUUUAUGCCUUGAAAAAGAACAUUUUGCGAUUAUGUUAUUAUUUCUCUAACAGUAAAUACAUAAUUAACACGUAAGGUGAAUAUAUAUAUAUAUAUAUAUAUAUAUAUAACUCUUAGACGAACUUGACCUGGUCUCCUCUACACGAUCUCGAUUCCUCCGAGGUUCUACCAUACGCAUGUCAUUAUGGUCCCAGGAUCGAUCGACCUUGGCUCCAAGAGUCUUUAAAGUCCAACGUAGGUCUCCAAGACACUAGACGAAUUAAUUUCAGUUUGAAUUUAUCAAUUUGUCAAUUUGUUAAUUUCAGUGCGUUGGCACUUGCUCAAUGAGACACUGUUGAGACGUCUUUCACAAGAAGGGUGGAUUAAUUCGUAUAUCUUUACAUUACGCUACAGGUACAAUUUAUGUUUUAUAAAAGCCAUUUGGUCUCUUUGAUCGUAGAAAAAAUAAUGUAAUGCAUAAUAAAAUAUUCGGGACAAUACGGAAUCUCGGUCGAUCAGGUCUACGUUACUUAUUCGUACGUUCAGCUCUCAGUUCGGCAAACAUUCGCACCAAAUAAGUGUCGCAUAACUUACACUUUUAGUCGGCGAUCAAUUAAUCAGACUGUGUUGUGGAGAAAGUAAGUCAUUUGUGCAGGCUCUAAAGUUAGAUUAGAUUUUAUUUUGUUCAAUUUUUAUUCAAGCAUGCGUCCGUCAUUAGCCCUGACGGUAUCGUUUUUUAAAUGAUUAGUACACGUCAUAGAGUGACGUAUUUUUUUUACUGGUAAAUUAAUUUCGCCAGGAAAGAUAUAUGAAUUCUCGAGGCGUCACGCGGUGCCAUUAAAUGAACGUGACAUCUCGAUGAAACGCAUACCGAUGCGGAAUAAACUAAUAGUAUUCGGCAUCGUGUUGCAUGAGGAGCGUACAACAAAUGAAGUAAACAUGAAUCUCUGUGUAAUAAGCGCGAGUAAAUUACUAUAUAUAUAUCAAGUCUCUUCACAGCUGUCAGAAAACAGUCUCUCGAACAUAGUUUUCGAUAUUUUUAGAUGUAUAAGAGAAAUUCGUAAAUAGAUAUCUUAUUAUUUUUCGUCAUGUUACUGCUCGUAACGAUACGUCGAAAAAGUAAUUCCUAUUUUGUUUCGAAACGUUCCCGUCAAAUCAGGCGAUUUGUACGACAUACCGUGUGCACGAUCAAAGGAGGAAAGUCCGUGAAGCCUGUUUUCGACCCCCUCUGAAUCCUGUUCUAAAGCGUCAAAAACGUUAUAUUAUAUUAUUGUAAGAAUUAUUAAAUAUACAACAUAUUCUUCAUCAACAAAACCAACACGCGUUCACUGUGUUCACAUACACAAAUAUGAGAAGACGAUACGUAUGUGACAUGAGAGCGUUGAUGAAAGAAAUGGAAUUAAUUGGAGUUACAGGAGGAACAUGUUCACGCGUCAAAAUACACCCGUUUCGGCUAAGAUCGUCUGAUUUCAAUCAUUCUUACAACAAUAGAACGUUUUUGAUACAUUGGACUGAAAUUCAGAAGAGGCUGAAAACAGGCCUCAUGGACCCUCCUCCUUUACACGCUGCGUCUACGCUCCUCUUUCGCGUCCUCUUUGCGAAUACGCAAAAGGGAAGAAAAGGAGACUAUUGCGGAAUAAGUUUUCCUUUCGUGAAAGAAAGAACUCCUCGAGACGUCGGGCGCAAGUAUAUCGUUGUUUGGCUGGUCCAGCUACUUUUAGGUAUCGAUAUACCGUGUACCGAUUCCGCGCUAGGAUGAUCAACGAGCGACGUACGGAUGUCGAUCGGUACGUCGGGUCCCAUCUGCUAAGUUCUCGUCCGUAAGAAAAUGUGAUACCGGCGUAUGCCGGUCGAAUAAUAACCGUGAUGUCAAUAAUAAGGGAGAGUGCGAAACUGGGAAUUGCGUCCGCCGCGAGGCAUUUCGCGCGGAUGCGUCAUACGAUCCAGCCCGGAAACGCCCCACUACUGAUUAUUUUAUCUUAUUUAUUGUACAUAUUUCAAACUGAGAUAUGUUAAUUGCGCGAACCUGCGAGAACGUGCACGUACAGUACCCGCCAUUAAUUCGCGACGGCUAUUUGUCUAUUGCAGCAGGCCGCACAAGGUAAAUAAAUAUGUUCAUAUGUUCCGAUAUGAAUAAUCAGAGAAUAUCCACGUAUAAAUACGUACAUCUAUUUUCGACAAUGUGAGUGAAAGUUAUGCGUUGCGUAAAAAACCCAUAAGAUGAAUCGUCCCUUUUCAUUUGCCGCGUUUCGUCGCCUUUCGUACGUCGCGUUUGAGCAGUCGCGAAUUAACGGCUGGUACUGCGAAAAGCGAGUGAGAGACGAGGUACGCUCAGAUUGCAAGGAAGGAUAGAAGGCGAUACGAAGUGUAAGAUAAGAACGAAUUCGAUGAUGCGUAACGCGUGUGUGCCAUGUGUAAAUAGUAAUUAGGCGUUACGCUGUACCGCAUCUAAAUUAAUACCUCGUGAAGUACCUAUUUUUUUUAAUCGCGUAGGAUAGUGAGACGACAUCGUACCUACUUACUUUUUCUUCCCUUUUUUCUACAUCGUAUAAAGCGCAUGCCCUUUCCUCCCUUGUGCAUGAGGAACACAAACUUAGAAGCUAGUCGUUUAAGCGCGAACACGCGAGCGGACAACGCGCGAGUUGCAUUUUUUUUCUUUCGAUGUGCACGAUAAGAGGGAAUAAUCAUUCGUCGCCCUUAUUAUGCCGAAUUAUGAGAUAACGUCGGCUGAGGUAGGCGACACGGCAAAACAGGAGAAUUCGGUAAUUCUCCUCCUCCUCAAAAACGAUCGCGUUCCGCCUGCUAUAACGUUUAAUCAUCUUCAUACCGUCCGAGGUCAUGUUGCAUCAUCGAGAAGUUGCAAGAGGCGCUCAUCGUUUCUGUAUAUUAUUUAUCCUCUUACCGACAUUUCACACGUCAUAUACGAGAGUUUCUUAAUUCAAGACAAUCGAAUUUACUUUCUUCUGGCUUACCAGCCUUACCGCUCUCUUGUCUUUAUCGUGAUGUGAUUCACUGUUAAAAAUGUAAAUGUUUCUUUAUCGUAACCGUAUGAGUAUCAUUGCAUGAUAAAAAGAUAUGCAGGAGGGAAAAUCGCUUUCUCAUGAUGAAAGAGCACGAGGUAUAUUAUCCAAGGCUCAAAGUACGGCUUUGAAUCAAAAACGAUCGAUAUGGCGUUAAGGAGCAUUCGCGAUCGUCGUCCGACCCUCUCUCUCUUUUUUGAAAAUCGAACUAUAUACGUAUAUAUUUGUAAAUUCCACGAUACCGUCUUCAACGAUUUAACGAUUAAAGAAUUUCAAUACAACGUGGUUUGGCCUAUCUUCUUAUUGAGAAUAAACAAGAAACUAAAAAAAAAAAAA